UCAUCAUCACCACCAUCUUCACCGCACAUCAUGUUAUUGCUAUGUAUGAUUCGAUUCAAGAAUGGUAAUCCGUCGUUUUAACUUCACCUCCAAAUAAUCCCUCAGAUCGCAACCGAUCCCAUUCUCCAUUCAUAUUCGUAUUUAAUUGUCACAUCUCAUCUUCCUCACCCCUCAAAUUCCACCGCCGCUUCCUCUUCCUCCGCCAUGUCCGAUCAAGACAACUCCCCUCAGACCCAUCUACAAUUCCCAGACACCGAAAUCAAAGACCCCACUAAGCCGCCGAAGCCAUUCGCCACCAAAUUCAGCAUAUGGCCACCAACCCAGCGCACUCGCGAUGCCGUUAUAAGCCGUCUGAUCGAAACCCUCUCCACCCCUUCCAUUCUCUCUAAGCGUUUCGGCACCGUUCCACCAGAGGAAGCCGCCGCCGUCGCGCGGGUCAUCGAGGACGAAGCGUAUGCCACCGCCAAUGGCUCUCCCCCCACCGUGGACGAUGGCAUUGAGAUUCUGCAGGUCUACUCCAAGGAGAUUAGUAAGCGGAUGCUGGAGGCGGUGAAGGGUAGAGCGAUCCCGGCGGCUCCGGCGGAGAAUGGUGAGAUAGAGGGAGUAAGAUCACCUGUUAUUGAACCUAAAGACGAAACCUCAACUUUGGAAAGUGAAUCUUGAAAUUCUGUGUUCUUUUUCUUUAAUCUUAAUCUUAUCCUGUUUGAGCAUCUUUUUUUCUGGAGAUCUGCUUGUCCACUGUCCACAGAUUGCUUACAAGAUAAUUAUUUGUUCAUCUUGUGUUUUAUAGCCUUAAAUUCAAUGAAAAAUGGAAGCAUAUUUUUUGCCUAGAGA